AGAGAGUGUCGUCGUGUCAACGAAAUAAUACUGGUCAUCUUCCGUUCUGCACACUCGUCUCUCCCUCGUUCCUUCGCCCCUCUCUUUUGCUUCCUGUUCCUUCUAUUCCUUGUCCCUGUCUCCGCCUCGAUCUGCACAGCAAGUCGCCUCUAUUCCCACAUCACAUACCCUCCUCCUCUCCUGUAUAUAUACACCCCAAGCUUUCCUGCCAUGGCUGGCAAAGAGAUCCUCCACAAAAUAAAGGAUGGUGGGGGUGCUUUCUUCUAGAGCGCAGCUGUUAGUGUGGCAUUCUAUUCACAAUUAGUCAAAGCAGGUUUCAUUUUGUUUGUGUUAAAUCUUUUUGUCGUAAAUAUAGUUCCUUCCAGUUGGCUGGAGUUGGGAUUCUUUUGCUUCAUUUAUAGAUGUUGGUUUGGCUACUGGUCGAAAAAUGUUAGUCUUCUUGGGGCCAACGAUCUUUGAAAUUUAAUGCAUUUCACCUUCGGUCCUUUAAUAGCAAAGCAGGUUGGAUCACGGGUUCAAAGCUCAGUUGCUUUCGUUCAUCAACCAUAGACACAUAGGAUGAUUGGUAAAGUUCAUUUAUAUCAUUCAUAUGGCGUGAAUCGUCUUUCACACUUGUGUACCGUUUCUGUCAGUAAAGAUAUAUCUGGCUGCGAGCUAAUCAAACUAAUGAUGUUGAAUUCUAGAGAUAGUUUUGCAUUUAGCAGGAGCAUCUUAUGGAUGCCUCAAAUUCAUGAGAUUACUGGAAUCGAAAAGUGACACAAUGCUGAUGAGAUGAGGAAUGAAUUGUUGUAUUUAUUGUUAGUUGUGUAUAGGCCCAGUGAAAGAGCAUUGGAUUUUGAUAAUCCUGUAGAUGAUUUUGGGGUUUUAACUAUGACUAUUUGCUGAUGGAUUAAAGGGCAAACAAACUGCCAAUGUGGAAGCACAAGAUUCUGAAUUAAAAACAAACUACCAUUCACAAGGAAAAAGUUGGAUUGUCAGAUCCUGAUUCAGGGAAAGGGAAGAGCAAGAUGUCAAAGGAGAUAAGUCAUGGCUUUCACUUGGUAAAGGGAAAAUCUGCUCAUGCUAUGGAAGAUUAUCUCGUUGCAAAAUUUAAGCAAGUUGAUGAGCAUGAAUUGGGUUUGUUUGCAAUAUUUGAUGGCCACAUGGGUCACGACGUGGCUGACUACUUACAGUCUCAUUUAUUUGAAAAUAUCUUAAAAGAGCCGGACUUCUGGACAGAAACUGGAAGAGCAAUCAGGAGAGCAUAUCGUAUAACUGAUUCAACCAUUCUUGAGAAAGCAGUUGAAUUGGGACCAGGGGGUUCCACGGCAGUCACGGCAAUAUUGAUUGAUUGUCAUAAGCUGGUAAUAGCCAAUGUUGGGGAUUCAAGGGCUGUCCUAUCCAAGAAUGGUGUGGCUAAACAACUAUCAGUGGAUCAUGAGCCAAGCUCUGAAAGGGUGGAGAUUGAGAACAGAGGCGGCUUUGUAUCAAACUUUCCAGGGGAUGUCCCACGCGUGGAUGGGCAGCUGGCAGUGUCGAGGGCAUUUGGUGACAAAAGCUUGAAGCAACACCUUAGUUCAGAACCACACGUAGCAGAGGAGAUUAUAGAUGAUCGUGCAGAGUUUGUUAUACUAGCCAGUGAUGGAUUAUGGAAGGUAAUGUCAAAUCAAGAAGCAGUUGAUACUAUUAAGGAUGUAAAGGAUGCUCGAUCAGCAGCAAAGCUUCUCACUGAAGAAGCACUUAACAGGAAGAGCUCAGAUGAUAUCUCCUGCAUUGUUUUGAAGUUUCAUUGAUCGCAAAAACUCAUAAUAUGUGGAAUAAGGUGUGCAGACUUGGAAGUUGUGUAUAACAUAGUUUGUUGUUUGGAAAACUUGAUGUCCGCCAGGUGCUAUGCUUGAGUCUUUUAAGGUGUGAGCGUGAUGUCAUGCCUGCUCUUCUUGCAGAAAAUCUGGGGGAGAAACUGUUGUUUGAUAUAACAAUGUAGGAAAGAUUUAGUUUUGGAUUGUUUAGACAAGCGAAACGUAUUACUGUAUUCAAGGAUGUUUGCUCCGGUUAGGAGAUCUUACACACUUUUCAUAUUAAAUACAAGUCAUCUUCUGGUUGUGUA